UCUGUGUACACUAGCACAGUUGAAGAUGGCGACUGGAGUCCUUCAGAGAGUCAGCGGAGGCUUGGCUCGGGCUAAGGGCAGGGCCCACUCGGCCGGACAGCUUGUCCUCUGGAGCAGAGGAUUUGCAACAUCAAGCAGCAGAAACCGGGAGGACAGCUGGUUUAAAUCACUGUUUGUGAGGAAGGUUGAUCCAAGGAAAGAUGCACACUCCAACCUACUGACCAAAAAUGAGGAGAGUAACCUCUACAAAAUUCAGUUCCACAAUGUGAAACCAGAGUGCCUGGAAGCAUACAACAAACUCUGUGAGGAUGUUUUGCCCUCCAUCCAUGCUGAUAAGUACUACCCCUGUGAGCUAGUGGGAACCUGGAAUACCUGGUAUGGAGAACAAGACCAGGCUGUUCACCUGUGGCGUUACAGAGGUGGAUACCCCGCUCUAACAGAGGUGAUGAACAAGCUCAGACAGAACAAGGAGUUCACGGCGUACAGGAAGGAGCGGGGUAAGAUGCUGUUGUCUCGCAGGAACCAGCUUCUCUUGGAGUUCAGCUUCUGGAACGAGCCUGUACCCCGAGAGGGCCCCAACAUCUAUGAGCUCAGGUCCUACCAGCUCAGGCCAGGAACCAUGAUCGAGUGGGGUAAUUACUGGGCCAGGGCCAUUGGAUACCGCCAGCACAACAGAGAGGCUGUGGGAGGGUUUUUCUCACAGAUCGGUAACCUCUAUAUGGUUCAUCACCUCUGGGCUUACAAAGACCUGCAGUCCAGAGAAAACACGAGGAAUGGUGCCUGGCAGGAGGAGGGCUGGCACGAGGUGGUGUAUUACACAGUUCCUCUCAUUCAGCAUAUGGAUUCCAGGAUUAUGAUCCCGACAAAGGCUUCCCCGCUGCAGUGAAGUGAGAAGUGAGCUGGAAGCUGAAAUCAAGUGGCACCCUUUCGAAUGUUAACAUCCAUCCAGAGCAUUACUAUCAUGGUUUCAACCUCCUGCCACAGUGCUGCCAGACAACAUCCUUUUAUUCUUUUUCCCUAAUUCUUUUUUUGUCUUUGCUUCAAUACUUCAAGAUGUCACAAAGUCAGAGGAGGUAACAAUGCCUACCAUGUAUUUGGAAUUAAAAAAGUCCAAGCCACUUAAAGCCCUUGACAACAGACUUUUUUCUUUUCUUUUUUUUUGGGUACUGGGGCAGGAUGAGUAAAUUUGGCCAAUUUAAACGUCCUGAUGUUCAUUACAUCCAACGUCUCGUACCACAUUAAACGCUGGUCCAUAAAGAGAAAUCAUCUCUAAGUUUAGAACCAACCAAAGUUACUUGAAAAGGCGAGCAGCUAUAUAUAGUGUAAGUGUGGGAACUGAUAUUAAGAAAAAUAGUACUGCUGAAGCUCACUACACAAUGCAGUGGCAAUUUAUUUAUUUAAUGUAAAUUUGGAAUACUUGUAUUAUCUACAUGUGCUGAGUAAGUGGCACUUAGAUGUAAGCCAUGCCAUUGCUGAGUGAAGUGAGAGAAAGCCUCUGUAUACUCAUGAAAACUGUGUAUCUGCCUCAAAUUAUGAUGAUGAUGAUGAUAAAGUACAACAUGGUGUAAAAUGUAAACCUCAGAAUUUUAUAAUUGUGGUCCAUUAUACAUCGAACAUUUUUUUUUUUGCAAACUACUCCUUUCAGUUGCUUUUUCCAGAUGUUCCUAAGUUCUCUGUCAUGGUGAUAUUGAUGUUUCAUGGUGCUGUGUUUGUAACUAUGGCUUCUACUUUUUUCUUGUGAAGACAGCAUGCCUGAUUUUAAAAACUUUUUAUCUAACCUGUUUUAAAGGGGCAUAACUAUCAUCUAUGAUAAACUCUGAAAAUAAAUGUUAUCUAUCAUUGGCUGAGAGGCCAGUCAUGUUGCUGCAUACUGUAAUAUCAGAGAUUUUAUUGUGAAAGGAAGCAUGUUUAUCUUGUCUUUCCGUUCAUGGAAUCAUAGGAAACAAUGUGGAGGGAAGGACAGCAACGCCAACACAGAAUAAAGUUGUUCAAACAA